CCCUCCCCCCCCCCCCCCCCCCCCCCCCCCCCCCCCCGCGCCCCGCAUGUCCUCCGGGGGCGCCAUCCGCUGUCGGGGCUGGCCGGCGCCGGGGGCCGGGCCAUUGGCAGCCUGCCGGCCCGGCGCAUGCCCAGGGGGUUAGCCCACCCGCCGGCCAAGGCGCCGGGGGUGCCACUGCCGGCGCCAUCGCCCCCGUCGCUGGCAUGUGUCACCUGGCGGCUGUACAGCACCAUGGUGUCCCGCCCGGUGCCCUCGGCUGCCAAUGCCCCGGGCACCACCCCCGCGGCCCUGGCCAAUCUCUUUGCCCCGGCGGCACCACCACCCGCUGACGCCCCCUUCGACGCCCUGCUCCAGGCUCCCGGCCGGCCAUUGGACGCCAUCCCCCUGGCUGCCGGCUCGACCGAGCGUCUCCUGUCCUUCGCCGAACUGUGCACCCGGACCCCGGCUGCCGCGGAGAUGGCAGACAUCGCCCUCCCGGCCCAGCAGGCCACCCUCAAUCGCAUCGCCCUAACACUGCUCGAGCGUGGCGAGACCCUGGCCUUGGGUCGCUUGUUCGCCAUGGUCGACGCCCUUCCCCCCGGUAGCGCCCUCCUGACGGCCGGCCCCCCGCCCGGCCUGGCCCCCACAUACAACAUCAUGCUAAUGGCAUCCAUGCAUAGCCCCUUCGCCGGGCCCGAGGCCGUGCUCGCCUCCAUGCGUCGAUCUGGCGCAUGCAUCAACCUGGCCCUGCUCCGGCAAGCUUCUGACACUGGCCUGGCGGCCGUGGCCACCGCCGCCGCCGGCGGCAGCACCGCCAGCCUCUGGGACCGGCUGAUGGACUUGCUGGCCUCGACGCCGGAAUUGUCGGCCCUCCUGCUCCAACAGCCGCCCGCCGCGGAGCCGCCCUCUCCCGAGGCUCCAGCCCGCCGGUGGGACACCGACGCGGCCCUGCAGCUGGCCCUCACGCAAUUCAACCACCAGCAUGUGGUGGCCGGGCUCCGGGACCGCGUGUUGGCCGCCGCCGCCGCCGGUGUCCCCCUGGCGGAGCACCUCUCCCCGGCGGCCUUCGCCCAGUUGAUGGGCUACCUGUCGAGCCCGGCGGCGGUGGUCGCCCUCGCCGGGGUCCCGGUGCUGGACCCCGGCUCCGGGGCGGCCAUGCCCCUCGGCAGCCCGGACUGGCUGGCGGCCCUGCCCGGGGUGCUGGCCGACCCGGCCGCCACGCCGGCCUUAAGCCACGCCCGCGCGGCCCUUCGCCAGCUGGCCCAGGAAUUCUUGCGCGCCCUGCUCGGGGCCCCGACGCCGGCUGGCGGCUUGCUGGCCGACCGGCCGCUCGACCUGCCGAGCCCGUUCUCCUUUUCGGAUGCCGCGCGCGAGCACAUCCAUGCGUUGCUCCACUCGCCGGCCUUCGUCACGAGCCCGGCUCUGGCGGCGGCUCUGCGUGGUCUCGCCGCCGAUGGCCCGGCCGCCCCGGAUGCCCUGGUCCUCCCGGACAUUGUCCCCCCCUGCCCGAUGGAUGUCGCCCGGCCGGCCGCCAGCCCGGCCCCCGGGUCGUCGGAUCACGCGUCUGGCGGCCGGGAGGGGGCCCGGCCGGCCCGGCCGGAAAUCAUCCCCUCCCCCGAGUCCGCCCUGGCGGUCUUCCUGCAGCUGGUCGCCGGCAGCCGCGAUCUGGCUCUCAUGCUGGGGACCUUGCGCCCGGUGGUCGGGGCCCUGCCGCAGGUUGCCGGACUGACGGCCGUCGAUCUCGGCUCGGCGGCGGCUCUCUUCCAGGCGGCCCUCGAUGUCCCGGCCGAUGUCCUGCCGGCCAAGGCCCGGGCCCAUGUCCAUCGCAUGGCCGAGCGCUUCCUCCAGGCGUCCCUCGACCGCCUGACCGCGGCCGAUGGCGCGGAGGCCCUGGCCGGGCUGCCGGCCCUCGGCGAGACCCUGCCUUCGUUGCCGCCGGCCGCGCUGGCCGGCGCCCAGGCCCUGCUGGCGUACAUCCCCCCGGCCGAUGAGCAGACCCUCCUCGGGGAGGCCAUCCAUCGGACCGGGGCCCGGCUGUCCGGCCGGCAAAUGGGCCGGCUGCUGCGCCUGGCCGCCCGGCUGGAUGACCCCCUCUCGCGCACCAUGCUGCUCAAUGUCUGGAAGCUCCGGUCUCCGCGGUCCUUCUUCCCGGACCCGGCGCACUUUCUCGAGACCCUGAGCAUGCUGCGCGCGGCCUCCGAGCGCCAGGCCGCCCAAACGACGCCCGACGUGCCGGACCAGGUGGCCGACGCGGCGCGCCAUGUGGAGCGCAUCCUCCUCGACACGUCCAGUGUCUGGAUCCCGGAAAUGUUGUGGGCCUUCACCGUCGCUCCGGACGCGGCCGCCGGCAUCCCCCUGGCCGACCGGGAGUUCGCCUUCGCCCAGGCCCUGCGCAACCCGGCCCUGCGUGAGGGGCCGCUCCUCCGGCUGCUGGGCCAGGUUUUCCCCGACACCCGGGCCGGGCUGUCCUUCGGCCUGCUGGAUGCGGCCCUGCGCCGGUCGCUCGACACCUCGGACGAGGCCUUCUUCGAGCUGACGCACAUGCUCCUCUGCGCGCCGGACUCCCAGGCGCACACCAUGCACCUGGCCGGGGCCACCUUCGCCGCAUGCCAUGCUCUCAACCGGCCACAGCCCUUCGGCGCCUUCCUGCACCAUGUCCUCUCGCGGCCCUCGGUCGGGGAUGACCUGGCGUACCGGCUCUUCCUGGACUGCCUCAGCAGCGGCCCGGCCUGGGCCAGUGCCUUCGUCCAAAGCCUGUCCCAGGAUGUGGGCCGCUUCUCCGACACCUUCUACUGUCAUAUACUGCCGUUGCUCCGGCCCCUGAUCCAGGAUCAGACCCUGACCCCGGGCCAGUUGCAGCCGCUCCUCCGGCGGCUGGUGACCGAUCGGCCGGCCAUUUCGCCCGGCCUGCGCGCGGCCAUGCUCCAGACCCUGGGCCUGGCCCCGGACGUGGAGCUCAUCGUCAACCUUUGGGAGCAGGAUCCGGAAGGCAACGCACGCGACAGCCACAUCGUCUACGACACGAUGGUGGCCCUGCGCCGGGCACGCGACUUCCCCAGCCUCUUCGCCGUGUUCCGGCAGUACUUCGACGUGCUGGACAUCGAGGCCCUCGACGCCGAGUGGUCGCGGCCCUAUUGGAACCCCGCGCUCCAGGUGCCGGGCCAGGCCCCCGAGCCCCGGACCCCCGAGCAGCGCCAGUACCAUCACAUGGUGCUGCAGGAGCUGAUCCGCGCGCUGGAGUACCUCGGCGACCUGUCCGGCAUGUCGGCCUUCAUGGACCUGCUGGAGGCCCGGUUCCCGGCGGUGGCCUCGAUGCUGGUGUUCCCGGCCUUCCUGCGGCGCCUGCGCGCCGACGACCCGGACGGCGCCUGGCGCAUCAUGACCGACUUCAUGGCCGAAGCCACGCCCCUCAGCCCCUCCCAGCGCCUGAUGGUGACCAGUGCCCUGGAGAAGCUGAUCAAGACGCACGGCCGGGCCGGGGAUCUGGCCGCCGCGGCGCGGGUCUUCGCCCAGGCGCGCGAUGUCGGCAUCACCCCCACCGCCGGCAUGUACUCGCACUACAUCCGCAGCCUCAUCACCCACGGCAAGGUGGUCCUAGCCGAGCGGGUCUACAGCCGGGCCCUGGCCCAGCUUCGCCUGGACUACCUCCAGUCCAAUGUGGCCAUGCAGAUGGCCCUCCCGGUGCUGGAGGACCUGACCCAGUGCCUGGAGGCCGAGGCCCACGGCGGGACCGGCGGCACUGGCAGCAGCGGUGCCGCCGCCCCGCCCCCGGCCGAUGGCCAGGCGGAUCCCCUGUGUGACAUUUUCUCGCCGCUGCUCCGACGCCUGAGCCCGGAGGCGGUGGAGCUCUACCUGCGGGGCUGCCUGGACACGGAGGUCCGCGCGGACCAGCCGCCGGUGCUGGAUGGCAGCACCCGCACGGCCCGGGCCCUGCGCGUGCCGGUCCAGCUGGCCAACGAGAAUUUGCGCAUGCUCUCGGUGCAGGAGGGCCAGCUCCUGGACACGUACCUCUACUUCGAGCAGCACUACCGGCAAAACCCCCCGGGCACGGUGCACCUGCCCGGGCAGCUGGUGGACACCGGCCAUGUGUCGGACAAAUUCCGCCGGAUCUGGCUCCUGUCGUCGUAUCCGAUCUUCCGCCCGGACAUCGACCUCCCCAUGUGGGAGCGGUCGCUCUUUGGGAAUGUCCGCGUGGCGGUGGGCCUGGACCAACAGGCGCUGGCCGGGCAUCCGGACCUCCGGCCCUCGGUCCCCCGGCACCGGCGGAUCUGGCCGGCCCCGAUGCCGGCCCCGGCCCCGGCCCCGGCCAAGGGCAGCCCCUCCGAGUCCGGCGACUGGCCGGUCCUGUCGCGCUCGGCCGCGCGCCAGCUCUUCGCCCAGCGCAACCCCUUCUCCAGCGAGGCCACCAGCGGCUUCCUCCGGCGCGAGGCCACCCUCUCGCAGCCCAACCAGAUGACCCUGCAGAUCUUGCUGAGCGCCGCCCGGGUGGACCCGGUCCCCCAGCGGGCGGUCCUCAUGGCCACGCACUACUUCCAGCUGCUGACCGAGCACCUGGGCGUCCUCCCGGCUCAGAUGUCCUACCACAUGCUCUUCCAGAUCCUGGCCAAGCACGACUCCAUCGAGGCCAUCGUCCCCUUCUACCGGCAGAUGCUGGCCAGCAACUUCUACAUCCCGCCGGACUUCUUCUUCGGCGUGUCGGCCUCGCCGGCGGUGCGCGCGCGCAUCUAUGACAUGCUUCGCCGGAAUAGCCUGCCCAUCCCGGAGCAUACCUGGAGCGAGCGCUUCCUCAGCAACCUGCGCAUCGGGUCCAACAUGGACGAGGACCUCCGGUCUGCGGCGGUCCGCACCCCGGACCUCGAGGACCUGCUCUUCGCCGUGCACGCCCGGUUCCCGCAGCACUUCAAGCUCCCGCCGAUGGCCGCGGACUUUUGCCUGGCCAACAGCCGCCCGGAGCGGGCCGCCUUCCCGCCGGAUUGGCUGGAGAACCGCAAAAAGUGGGGGGCCUUCUAUGUGCCGCUGCCGGACCUCGCGGCCCCGAGCGCCCGGACCGGCUCCGGCGCCCACCCCGACCCCGAUGCCGGCCCCCCCGACGGCGCCCUUUUCGUGCCCCGCCCACCGGCCGAGGCUUCGCCCCGUCAUCCGGACUCCCCGGCUGGCGACCGGCCGCCCCCCUGCCCCGACCCCGAUGCCGACCCCUCCGACGGCGACUGGCCGCCCUACUUCGGCCCGGAGCCCGACCAUGGCCCGGACCUCACCGAGCAGCACUGGUGACGCGCCAUCCCCCCUCCCCCCCC